UAGUUCUUUGCACGGAUUAGAUAAUAUUUAAAAUGAUAGUACUUGAAUAAAGCUAAAUUUCGUUCUAACAGCUAUGAAACCGAUAUAAAUAGUGUUAGGAAUAUUGAGUAAAAACAACCUAAUCAAUGUCUUCCACUAGUUCGAAACUAAUUCUGGGGCUCUCGUGCGCAAUAUCUUUGGGCAUAGUGAGCUAUGUUCACAUAAAGCAACAAUCCGACAGGGAAAAAAUGCAUGAAGGUGUACUGAAGGAUGUAGAGCGACAACAAAGAAGAAAAAUAGAAAACCUGUACAUGCUUGAGAAACAAAAUGAACUAACCAAACAAUUAAAGAAAGGUUUAAAUGAGACUUAGCAAUGUAAAUAAAACAUAAGAGUUAACCUAAUUUUGUUUAUUUCCUAAUGAAACACUUAUAAAUAGAAUUUAGAUUAAAUACAUAUAAACAA